UGUUACUCAAAUGCGAUUGUGACUUUCCAACCUCUCCCUUUCUCUGUUUCUUUCCUGAAGCGAGACUUUAAUUUUUGCUGGGCGCUUGGCUCUCUUGUUGGUGAUAAAAAAAAGCAGCAACACUGACUGCUGGUGUCGGAAUUCAUCAUUGUGUUACUGAGAUUUUGGUGUCAGCAUUGUAUUAUUCCUUAUUAUUAUUUGACUUUAAAAAACUGCUUUGUUGCUGCUCAGUUUAUGCGUUUUACAAAAAGUUUUACUAGAGGAAAGAUUUUUAAUUGGUGAUAUUUAGUGUGGUCGUCCAAGUGCAAUGAAAGAGCCGCAGUUACCUGUGUCUAACUUGACUGCCGCCCUGCCCGGUGCGUCUCUACAGAAAGCCUGUAAGUUCGUGGUGGUCUUCUGCUCCCUUCAUUUCUGCGUUGUCCUUAUCUACUACUUGUCCGGUGCCGAUUUCGGCAUCCUUCAGUUCUUUAGGCAAAACCAACAGUCCCAGCUGGCAUACAAACAGAAUUACACUAUUAGCAACGCCACGAUGCGGGCGAUCAGUACCAAAGGAAGAACUAAGGAACCAAAAGAAAAACUAAGGAACUGUCCGGAGACGUCUACCUUACUAGUUGGUCCUCUACAGAUUGUGUUUUCCAUGCACGUGGAUCUGGAAGAUAUAAGAAAAUCUAACCCAGAUGUAACAGAAGGAGGGCACUAUAGACCAAAAGACUGUAAUGCAUUGCAGAAAGUGGCCAUCAUCAUACCUUUUAGAAAUCGUGAUGAACACCUUAAGUACUGGCUGUAUUAUAUGCAUCCAAUUCUCAAGAGACAGCAGCUUGAUUAUGGGGUGUAUGUUAUCAAUCAAGAUGGUGACAAAACUUUCAAUCGGGCCAAACUGCUAAACAUUGGUUAUGUGGAAUCUUUGAAAGACUAUGCCUAUGAUUGUUUUGUAUUUAGUGAUGUUGAUCUUAUCCCAAUGGACGAUCGAAACACUUACAGGUGUUUUAACCAACCAAGGCAUCUCUCUGCUGCAAUGGAUAAGUUUGGGUUUGGCCUACCAUACAAUCAGUUUUUUGGUGGUGUUUCUGCAUUGAGCAAGGAGCAAUUUCUCAAAAUUAAUGGAUUUCCAAACAAUUAUUGGGGUUGGGGUGGAGAAGAUGAUGAUAUCUACAACCGAAUUGCAUCAAGAGGUAUGUAUAUAUCUCGGCCAGAUACUCUUAUUGGAAGAUGCCGGAUGAUUCGUCAUAACAGAGAUGACAAAAAUGACCCGAAUCCGAAAAGGUUUGACUUGCUUGCUCAUACAAGACAGACUAUGGAUUCAGAUGGGAUAAACACACUCUCUUAUAAAGUUGUCAGUACAACGCGAUUUCCUCUGUACACAUAUAUUACAGUAGAUAUUGGUUUACCCCAUUAACCUGACAUGACAAUACAAAUUAGCAUUAUAUUGUAGUAUAAGUAGCAGGCAUUGCCAUUUAUUAUGGACAUAUUCUGUUUAUAGAAUUAUCUUUCAUGUCAAAAGACCUUUUUGGAAAUAUGGAGUAUUUGCACAUACAAAACAGUAUGCAUAUAUCCAAUGUUCUGCCUAUGCUGGCACUUUUUUACUUGUUUUGUCUAUGUCUAGGCACUAAUAAAUGGAAACUAAACUCCUCAUGGAAACCAAUACAGUGCUAGGUAAUUAUUCUUGAUGGGCAUACAGUUCUGUGAUAUUGGCUUUACUUAUUUACAAAUGGUGUAUUAUGCACCCAAAGAUGAAGGGUUGAACAUUGAACAUUCUUCAAUGUUUCGGAACUAUGAUGCAUCCAAUAUUAUUUAUAUUUUUUAUCAGUAUAGGUAUAUAGAUUUGGUCAGGCCAAUUCAAUUUUUAAUGAUGUUAAAUGUUAAAAAAACUACAUGAAAAUUUAGGUUUAGAUUUGGUUAAGUAUGUUAUGGUGGCAGCUGGAAUAUAUAUUCUGUAUGUGUGGGUUAGCCUUUAAAAAAAAAAAAAAA